AUGGCCCAAUUCAAUUUUGUUGUAAUUCCGGCGGGUGAGGCCGGCAGGGUUGUCCCUGUGGUUGCUCAUGCUGCUGGUGCCCCUGCGGAAGAGGCAGGAGAGGCCGGCGUGGGCAAUGCAGGUGUUGCUCCCAUUGUUCCUGCUGCUGGAGCCCCCGCGGGAAAUGCGGAUGAGGCCGGCAUGGACACUGAGGAGGACCUUCCCCCUCUGUUGGAGGAAGAUGAGGGGGAAGAGGAGUACGAUGAGGGGGUUUACAAUGAGGAGGAGGAACUUGAGUUGGAGGCAGAGGCAGCUGAGGCGGAGGCAGCUGAGCUGGAGGCAGCUGAGAUUGAAGGAAAAGUUAUAGCUGCUAGUGGAGUUGGUAUCUCCGUCCCCCUUGCUGCUAUGCGUUCUUACACUUGGGCUAAACAGCCUAACUCUCUCCUCAUGCUUCAUCUGCUCUAUUUGCUUUAUUUGUUGAUAUGUUCACGUCCUGAUAUCUUUUUCAACGUGGAAGCUCUAGCUUCGGCGCAUUGGAGUUCAGUAGAAGCAGCUCUAAAGUAUCGCAUUUUGUCGAGUACUCAGAAUGUCGGUAUCCUUUUCCUCGACAACUUAAACGUCGAAGGAUUGUUGCGAUUCGGACUUGGCUUGAUGGCGCUCUACAUCUGGGUUGUUUUUUCUCUCUUGGCGACGGUUCAAUUUUUCUUGGGUUUAUUCCACUUCAGCCAUCAUCGCUGUGCCUUAUGA